AUGGCAAUUCAAGCCCAUGUCCUCUUAGUCCUCCUAGUCAUUGCUGAAGCAGUAGUGACUAGUAGUGCUUUAUCAGUAACUCAUGGUUUAGAUAAGCUCAACCGUAGCAGUUUCCCGGCAGGCUUUGUCUUCGGGGCAGCAUCAUCUGCUUAUCAGAUUGAAGGUGGAGUGGAUAGUAAAGGGAAAAGUAUAUGGGAUACAUUCACACAUAAAUAUCCAGAGAAGAUAAAGGAUGGUAGUAAUGGAGAUGUGGCCGUUGAUUCUUAUCAUCGAUACAAGGAAGAUGUGGCUCUCCUCAAGGAAAUGAAUCUAGAUGCCUAUCGAUUCUCAAUUGCUUGGUCUAGAGUGUUACCAACUGGGAAGCUAAGUGGAGGUGUGAAUGAGGAAGGGAUUCAAUACUACAACAACCUCAUAAAUGAGCUCCUUGCUAAUGGUCUAAAGCCUUAUGUUACUCUCUUUCACUGGGAUCUUCCUCAAGGCUUGGAUACUGAUUAUGGCGGUUUCUUAAGUUCUAAAAUUGUGAAUGAUUUUCAUGACUAUGCAAAGCUUUGCUUUGAGAGAUUUGGUGAUCGAGUGAAAAACUGGGCCACUUUCAAUGAGCCAUGGAGCUAUAGCACUGCUGGUUAUACAUCUGGUGCCUUUGCACCUGGUCGAUGCUCUUCAUGGCUAGAAAACAAUUGCACCGGAGGAGAUUCGGGUAUCGAGCCAUAUAUUGUCACACACAACCAAAUUCUUGCUCAUGCAGCUGCAGUCAGUUUGUACAAAUCCAACUAUCAGGCAUUACAGCGGGGGAAAAUUGGAAUAGUGCUUGUGUCAACAUGGAAUGUGCCAUACUCUAAUUCGACUAACGACCGUCUUGCUUCAUUACGGGCACUUGAUUUCAUGCUAGGAUGGUUUAUGGACCCAUUGAUAAACGGUAACUAUCCACAAACGAUGCGGAGUCUUGUCAGACAACGACUUCCAAGAUUCACUGUCGCAGAAUCCAACAGUGUAAAAGGAUCAUAUGAUUAUAUUGGGUUGAACUACUAUACUGCUUACUAUACAGCACAUUUACUCGGUGCUACACUAAACGUAAGUUACACAACAGAUUCUCGGGCUACUCUCUCAGCUGACAGAAAUGGGACCUUUAUUGGCGAGCCGGCUGGUUCAGAUUGGCUAUAUGUUUAUCCAAGAGGAAUUUGGGAUCUUUUACUCUACAUAAAGAGAAAGUACAAUAAUCCACCAAUUAUGAUUAUGGAGAACGGUGUUGAUGAGGUAAAUAAUGCCACAUUAACAGUCGAGCAAGCCCUCGUCGACAACUUCAGGAUAAAAUACUACCUCCGCCAUCUCUUGUUUGUUAAUAGAGCAGUCAGGGACGGUGUCAAUCUGUUGGGAUAUUUUUCGUGGUCGAUAUUGGACAAUUUUGAAUGGGCUUCAGGCUACACUGUUCGUUUCGGCAUCAAUUAUGUGGAUUACAAUGAUGGGUUGAAAAGAUAUAAGAAAAACUCAGCUAGAUGGUUCGAGAAUUUUCUUAAAAAAUGAUGGCAAUGAUCCUUACCAUGUUCUUUAUUGGCAUUAUUGGAGACCUUUGCUGCUGAGUUCUCAUUUUGUUUUUUGUUUUUUUCAAUAAUCGGGGUGUCCAGGGCUUCGUUGUUGAGUUCCUGGCUUUGUUACCAGCCUUUGUUGGCAUUUGGGUUCUGGCUCUUUAUGAGUACAUCAAUAAUAUUCUUUGUGUUAGAUUUUAAUGUUGUCCAAAUGUGGCUUCAAACUUACUA